AGCGGGGAGAGGGAGAGGGAGAGCUGUGAAGCUGAACCUUGAAGAGGUCUUGAGGGAGGAGCAAAGUUACACAAGAGAGAGAACUGCAGGUAAAUUACACUCUCAGUAUUGCUACUGCACCAGAUGGUGGUUCAAAACUCUUUAAUCUCUCAGUUGGCGAAGGAAAUGCUGUCUGUAAAUACUGCAGUGAGGUCUACCCCCAGACCUUCAUUGAUCCUCACCAGGUCAGUUUACCAUGCACACAGUUGCUGACACUUGUAAAUUUAACCCCCUACAUCUCCCUCUUCCCUUUCUCUUUCUCCGUUCUUUCUCUCCCUCUGGUGCGGCCCUCAUUUCUGUCCAGGUACUGUGUGACAAGAACCCUGAGAAGACCCUCAAGAAUGCCUACAAGUCCCACGUGACAGCACAGUACAGCAGCAGCAACCUCUCUGCACUCCCUUCGAGCCCCCUCGCUCCCUCUGGUCCCCAGCCUCCACCCCUUCCCUUGGUCUCUUCGCACCCUGAGCCUACUCGGGACACCACGGCUACAGUGGAGGAGGGGCUGCCCUGUGAAUUCUGCCAGAAGAGCUGCCCACCACACAAGCUUCUCUCCCACGAGGCCGUCUGCCCAAAGAGACCGAGAUCUCGACGCAAGGACGGGGCCCGUGUGGGCGGAGCCAACGGACUGGCCCCACCCACAGCUGCUGGUGGUGGUUCAGUGGAAGUUGCUCCGUGUCAGUUUUGUGACCGACCGAUACCCCUGGCAACGUUGAUUAGACAUGAGACGCUUUGCCAGUUCCAGAGAGAGCCCUCUUUGCCUCCCCCUGUUUCCCCCUCCGCCGUCCUGUCAUCUUCCCAGACUCACCCAACGACUACUGCUACCCCAAACACAACUGCCCAUCUUCCCCAAACUCCAGAUACUUACCCUUCACCCUCCUCCGGCCAGGGAAACACUGCCGCUGUUUCGUCUGGUCGUACCCCUCCAUUUACCGCAGCCACAACCACUUCUCAAGCCUCUGGUCUAACAGACGAUGAAAAAGCCAUUUUGAGGCACCCUCACAACCCACCCACCUCCUCUUCCCUCUCCUCCUCCUCACGGCCGGCACCCCAGCAGAUGACUUCCGGCAUACUGCCCACUCCCACGGUCUAUUCUAGACCGAUCACAGCGAGCCAAUUGACAGCUCCGCUCCAAACAGAGUCACAAGUGUCUCCUCCACGCACCCAACCUCCCUGAAAUCAACAGGAGACGCACUUAAAUCUCACCCCAUCUUCUCGAACGACGGUGCGUAUUUUGGUGGCGCAACUAGGGCUCAGCUCCCUACCACCCUGCCGCAGAUUUUCAUGUACAACUCGGCCUCUCAGCCACACAGCAUCAGAGCUGGUCGGGCAGCUGGUGGUGGGUUGAGUGAGAGAGAGAGAAAGCCACUUGUCAGUAGAGGAGGUUCUAGGGGACGGUGAUGUGAAAGUGACGGAGAAUACGUUUGGAGUGGUCGGAAACAGCGUUACACCUCAGCAUCGUGAUGUAGCUGCCACCACAAGUUUCACUGCCGUACCUACAACUAGUGGCCAUUCUGAAGUUCCCACC